AUGUCGGUGAUCAAACCUUCAAAACAGCCUCGACCAAUUCAGUUAGAUGCGAAGAGGUGGCCAUAUCGAGGUACAGGCAUACUCAUUCAAACGAUUUUCGCCACAAGUCUCGAAGAAUGUCCCACUCAUGUGGGCAGCGCAGAUGGGUAUGAGGUCUUAUGCUCCUACAAUUGGAGAUCAACCAUCCAUCCUUCAAUCUAUGUCCCAGGAGCUCCUCCGACAUACAUGCCUCCAGCCUUGGCUACGACCCUACCUCAGGAUCAUGGCACAUAUUUCAUCGACCAAAAUGCGUAUAGAUCGCCGUGGUCCACGUUCGAGCCCAUGUUUCGAGCACUGUCUGUGAUGCAACCUAGCUGUGCCUUCGAUCAGGUCGAUGUUAUCGUCAAUCGAAACAGCUUGAGGAAACUCCUGACAUUCGUCCACGGCAGUGUGCCAGAUACAUUUCGAGUAGAUCUGACACUUGUGCACGAUACAUUGGUCAUUACACGCCACGAACGAAAAACACGCGAAAGAGUCUGGGACUCAGUGACUGCUGGAUAUGGGCAUGAGUACGAACGCCAUUGCACAACUCCAGCGCCAGGAAUGGCAGACAGCACGAGCCACCACCGUGUUAUCCGAUAUCGCCUGGGUCUCCUUGAUUGUGUGGUGCGCUUUGAGGUUGACGCCCGCACAGACGAUUCGAGCACUACCACAAAUGCAUUUACCAUGCAUGUGGAAACCCCUAAAUCCACGGACGACAUCGCGGAAGCGCUAGAAGGACUCUCUAUCACCGCGAACACAGUCAAAGGUCGGCAUGAGGGAAGCGACCAUCAACGGCACCGUAUCGAAGUGGUACAAAAGGGUAGUCUUCAAUACCCCGGUUCGCUUGUUGAGCUAAAAGCACGAAAAAAGAUACCUCGUGACAAAGACGUGCUUCCACAACUUUGGUUCGGUCGUGUGAAUUACCUGGCGGUUGGGUUGCAUACCAAUGGCGACCUCCGUGACGUGUUGUUCGAGAAUGUCGAAAGCAGAUGUCUCGAGUGGGAAACAAGAUGCCAAAGCGAUCUACGCAAGCUCGAACAAUUGUUGAAGCGGCUCACAGUAAUUACUAGGUCGACCAGUCGUAGAUCUUGUGUCAUGGUUUGUGAUCGCGGUUGUAAGCCUCCACGACUUGCUAUCUACGAAGAUCUGGACACUCAGCCUGUUCUGUCCGACCAAAUCUUAAAGCAAUGGUGGACCAAAAGUGACCGGUCUUACCAACACGAAAACAACGCGUGA